AUGGAGCCAAUAGCUACAUGCAGGACUAGGAGGUUUUCCUCUUGUGAGAAGCUUGUGGCCAUAGGCGUGGGCCUUCUAGCUGUGGUUUCACCUCUGUUUAUUGAUCGGAGACCGGUCAGUGAAUUGGAACUUGAAGAGGAAUCCAUCAACCUUGCUUCUUGGGUACCUCUUCUGCUCUUGGUGCUGAUCUUGGCAACUGCUUUAUCGUUAUAUUUAGACAGGAGCUUUACCAGGUUUGAUCCUUAUUGGAUUCACAGAUUUGGUGGCUCUUCUGGUGGUAUCAUGGUAAUCCUUGUGAUUCUUGCGCUGGUUUUGAAGUGUAAGGCUUCGAAUUCCAAUGAAGAACUGCGAAAAUUGAAUGAAAUAGCUGCUUCCUUUGUUCCAUGGGUCAAGAAAAAGCUGGUUAUUGAAGAAGAAACAGGGAGUGGCUUUUCCUGUAAAGCAGGGAUGCAAGUAGAACGGUAG